CAAAAUUACAGUAGGAUAAUUAUAGAUAACGUAUAAUGAUCUCAACAAAUAGAGGAGCGUGUGCCAAAGAACAGUCUUGGAGGUUGAACGGCCACAACAAACUAGAAGAGAGAAUACUGAUACCUUUACGGAUCUUCGUUUAGUUCAUAUCUCGAAAUAUCAACAUAGAUUUAGAGCAUCUUAAGAAUAUUAAAUAAACAAAUGGCUGCUGCAGAUGAUAGCUUUGACCAGCAGAAUGAUGGCGACGAUUUAUUUCAGUAUGAAGAGGAGGAGACAGGGGAGACUCAGUCAGAAGUCGCCAUAACAACAGGAACAGGAGGUCGCAAGAGACUUUUUUCCAAGGAACUGCGGUGCAUGAUGUAUGGAUUCGGGGACGAUCAGAAUCCAUACACAGAAAGUGUUGAUCUCCUCGAGGAUUUGGUCAUUGAGUUCAUAACUCAGAUGACUCAGCGGGCGAUGGAGGUGGGACGGUCUGGCAGAGUGCAGGUGGAAGACGUCAUGUACUUGGUGAGGAAGGAUAAGAGAAAAUAUGCCCGUGUCCAUGACCUGCUCAACAUGAAUGAAGAACUGAAGAAGGCAAGAAAGGCUUUUGAUGAAGUAAAAUAUGCUGGAGUGUAGAUUAUUACUUGUAAAUGUGUAGUUUAAUUGUAGCAAGAGUAAUUGUAAGUGUUAUUUCCAUAUGGAAUAAAUUAAUGUUUCAACUUAAGAAUUUAAAAGUUAUUGCAUAUUAGGCUCAUAUUAGGAACCCAUGAUCCAAAUAGUGGAAAUAUGUGGAAUGCCUACAGCAGAGAGAGAGAGAGAGAGAGAGAGAGAGAGAGAGAGAGAGAGAGAGAGAGAGAGAGAGAGAGAGAGAGAGAGAGAGAGAGAGAGAGAGAGAGAGAGAGAGAGAGAGAGCAAAUGUGUAUGUGGGGGGUACUUGGAACACAUAAGAGUAUAUCUAUAGGCCAAAGGAACAUGAUAAAUUUUUGUCUUGCCCAUAAAGCAGGUGUCAGAGUUUAGGGGUCUAAGUAAUUAGAUAGACAAUAAAUAGAUAGAGAUCAUGUGAAAGCUGAUAAGUCAGGGAUUUUGGACAUAUGGCAAAAAAUGUGCAUUAAACAUUUAAAUAUAAUUUUAUUGUUAAAAGUUUCAUGCAACUUCAUAAGAAAAAUAUAAAAUGAUGAUUUUUUUAUAAUGGUCCUAUGUGACUUGACAAUAAUUUAACAUGUCAGCAUCAGACAUUUAUAUAAAACCAGCCAUGUCCAAUAAAGUAUUCAAAUUCA